UGACAACCCUGGUGUCUACACCAUCAAUAGUUUUCCGGAAAAAGCGACAACGUUUUUAGUCAAAUAUAUUGAAAAAAACGUAGAAAAAUGGACUUUCAGAACCGUGCCGGUGGCAAGACCGGCAGCGGAGGCGUGGCCUCCUGGUCGGAAUCCAACCGCGAUCGCAAGGAACGCCUGCGGCAGCUGGCGCUGGAGACCAUAGAUCUGAACAAGGAUCCGUACUUUAUGAAGAACCACUUGGGCUCCUACGAGUGCAAACUGUGUCUGACGCUGCACAACAACGAGGGAAGCUACCUGGCCCACACGCAGGGAAAGAAGCAUCAGGAGAAUCUGGCGCGCCGAGCCGCCAAAGAGGCCAAGGAAGCACCCUCCUCGCUGCUGGCACCGGAGAAGCCCCGCGUGGAGCCGAAGAAGUUCGUCAAGAUUGGACGACCCGGUUACCGGGUGACCAAGCAAAGAGAGCCCUCGAACGGUCAGCAGUCGCUGUUGUUUCAGAUCGAUUACCCCGAAAUCUCGGAUUCCAUUGUCCCGCGCCAUCGCUUCAUGUCCGCCUACGAGCAGAAGAUCGAGCCGCCAGACCGCAAGUGGCAGUACCUUCUGUUUGCCUCCGAGCCGUACGAGACGAUUGGCUUCAAGGUCCCCUCCCGGGAAGUAGAAAAGAGCGAGGGCAAGUUUUGGACGCACUGGAACCGGGACACGAAGCAGUUCUUCCUCCAGUUUGCCUUCAAGUUCGAGCCCAAGAUCAUGCCUCCGCCACCGCCCAAUCUACACAGGGCGAUCGGGCCACCGGGCGGCUUUCCUAUACCAGGACCACCCCGUCCGGCAAUGCACCAUCCCAUGUUCAAUGGAGUUCCUCCUCCGCCACCCAUGUAACACGUACUGGAUCAUAAUGGAAAUAUUUUACAG